UCUUUCUUUUUCUCUUCGUUUUCUCUCUCUCUCUCGAUAUUCCUAGAAAAUUUCGAGGGGAGAGCUUCGAUCAUCCUCGAAGAGUAACCACCUCGGUCUUCAUGGCUUCAGAUUUUGCAUUAAAAGUUCCACCAGAACUUGAGGCAGAAUCACGGUUGAGGACUGUGCAGUACUUUGUAACCCAUAGGCCUUGGCUUGAUCUUUAUGGAGUUCAUGUUAGACCGGUUGCCCCAUUUGGGAGUGCAAGCAGUAAACCAUUCGUUGACCCGGCACUAAUCCACCGGUGCUUGCCCGAUGAGCUACUCUCUGAGGUAUUUGCACGAAUGACUCCAUAUACCUUAGGGAGGGCAGCUUGUGUUUGUCGAAAAUGGAGAUAUACCAUUCGUAACCCUGUGUUCUGGCGCAGUGCAUGUUUAAAAGCUUGGCAGCUCUCUGGAGUUGUGGAAAAUUAUAAGAUUUUGCAGUCAAGAUAUGAGAGCUCAUGGAGAAAAAUGUGGCUCUUAAGACCAAGGGUCCGUACUGAUGGUCUUUAUGUGAGUAGGAACACCUACAUUCGUGCUGGAAUUGCAGAGUGGAAAGUUACCAAUCCAGUUCAUGUGGUCUGCUACUUUCGCUACAUUAGGUUUUUUCCUUCUGGCAAGUUUCUUUAUAAGAAUUCCUCUCAAAAAGUCAAGGAUGUGGUAAAAUGCAUGAACUCCCGAGCAUCUAAAGCAGACUGUGUCUUCAGUGGCCACUAUACUUUGUCAGAUGACAAGAUUGAAGCUGCUGUCUUGUACCCAGGCAUGCGUCCUACUGUGUGGAGAAUCCGCUUAAGGUUGAGAGGAACAACAGCAGGGGCUAACAAUCGGAUGGAUCUUCUGUCACUUGUUACAAGUGGUGUGAGUGAUAAUGAGGUUAACGGACCUGAUGAGGACAUCCUUGGGGUAGUUGAAGGGUGGGAGGAGGAUGAAACACACAACCCAGAUGUGCCUGCAGUCUCACACAAGAGGGGUCUGAAAGCUUUUGUCUUUGUUCCAUUUGAAGAGGUGGAAACAUCAGAUCUGAAUCUGCCUGUGGAUAAGAUGGAUUACUAUGUAGCUGGCUGAUACCCAGAAUGAGAAAGGAUCAUAAACCUGUAAAAUACAUUAGAUCCCCAAGCAUUUUGUGCUCUCUUCAACUUCGAUCAGACUCCUAUCUAUAUGCCUGUAAAUAUACAGUUUAUCCUCAAGCCUUUUGUGCUUUCAUCUGCUGGUGUGUAAUUAGUGAGGAAGUUAUUUAGCAUUUUUAAGGAAAUCAUCCCAUGAAACCCAAUGCAGGUCUGUAUCGUUUCAUCUUGUUUCAUAACUUGCUUUCACCUUUGUAUGAUGGGAACUUAUGUUUAUAUGAACUGGAUCAGAAUAUUUGUUCAGU